AUGUAUCCCCUGCACACGCAGAUCGAGAGUCAUUUCAACCCUGCCAUUGUCGCCGCGUCCUAUUUCGCCAGUCUCUGCGGCUGUCUACUCACGAUUGAGAUGCUGAACCGACGAGGCACGGCGCUUGGUAAUUUGCGGAGUUGGCUAGAGUCUCUAGGAUGCGCAAUAUCAUUGGGCUUGGUAGGGAUCUGGUGCAUGCACUUCAUCGGCAAUCGAGCUAUUAUUCUUGGAGACGGCACGCCUGGCAUCCAGCUGGUCUACAACUCCGGCUACACUACACUGUCUGUCUUCCUACCUAUCAUCGGACUUACACUUGCCUUCUCUGCAGCAGAAAUUCCAACUAAAUCGAAGGUCUUGCACUGGUCGCUGCUGGUCUGCACCGGUAUCUUCGCUGGACUGUCGGUUGUUGGGAUGCACUACAUUGGCAACUUCGGUAUCGCCAACUAUAGGCUUCACUAUGUUCCCCGGUUCUUGACAGCUUCAGUCAUAAUCGCCAUCGGCGACUGCAUGCUUGUGCUCGUACUUUUCUACAACCUUCGUGAGCAGUGGAUCAGCUCAUGGUGGAAACGGCUCGCAUGCGCCUGCUUACUUGCAGGUGGUGUAUCUGCGAUGCACUUCACAGCCUCAACCCAGUGCAUAUACAUUCUGGAAAGCUACAACGGCCUGCAUGCGAUCCACUCGCGGAAUACACAGGUCGCCGUUGCUGGAGCGCUCAGCGCCGCUGCAUUGAUCGUUGUGAUCGGUGUCAUAGCCUUCUCGAGACACCGCUCGCACGUCCUGAAGACCAGAUCACAAAAGGUCAUGCUUGCGUGCGCAAUGUUCGACCCCGAAGGCCGCGUGCUGGUGACCACAGAAGGCGUGCUACCAGCUCGCGAAAUCACGGACAAAUACCGCCACAGGACCUUCAAUGAGGACUUUAACACGGCUCAUCCGGUAUUUCAGUGGAUCUUCCGGGUGAGUAGGAACUGGGCAGGCGUUAGCGAACUCAUACCGCGAAUGAGGAGCCAUCUCGCUGCUAUUAGUGCUGGCGGCGAAGACCGCUCGAAGCCUAUGAGCUCCGCGUCUUCCGCCACCUUUUCUACGGAGCCCUUCAACGACUACUCGAUCAUCUUUCGCGAACGCUUCUGCUGCGCCGCGGCAAGCUUGGCAGCAGCCAUGCAUAUUCCGACAGAGCGGAUUGGGCUGCUGUACGACAAAGUCAUCGACACUGGAACUUUAAACGCGGAAGACCGCUCAUCGAAGCGUGCUACGGUGGCUGUCUUGCCUGUCGGAGACGUCGAGUCUAACCACUCAUUACAUCUGUUUGGAAGAGGCCAGCUGCUCUUCCUAACGCGCCAGCUCAAUAGUGACGAUGCGGACAAGUUACUCAAUGCCGGCUUUAAAUUUGGAAGCAUACAACAAGUUGGACGCAGCAUUGCGGACACCAUGCAAAUCCCGGUUCCAGCACUUGAGCACCACUUCAACGGCCUCAAGCGCUACAUCAACAAGCUUGACACCAUGGAGAAGCCUGGGACUUGGCUGACUUUCUUUGGUCUUGUCCCUCGACCGAACUCUAAAGGCUUCGAUGUCGGCGUGAAGAAGGAUGACCAAGACCAGCUACCUGACGUUCAGCUCCUUCCCAAUGAACCUCAGCAGUGGCAGACAGACUUCUUACAGCGUAUGGACGGACUCCGGACACGCGGUGUCACGACCUUCCUCGAGGACCGAAACAACACCGACAGCCAACGCACGUUCGACGAACACCAGUUUGCUAAGGUCAUACUGCAAGCAAUUACUGAGCUUGCGCACCAAGUACCUGGCGACUGGUUCCGCGAUGCACGAUUCUUCGCUCGACCGGUCCUUGCUCAUUACUCGCAAAACCAGCGCAGCCGAGGUCAGGUGACAUGGAUAUACGCAUUCUGUGUCAUCGGCGACAUGCACACAUCGCUGGAAGUGUGCAAUGGCUUGGCACGGAUACCGCUCACAUUCUUCAGUGCUCGACAACGGUGUUAUAAAGGCUCGCCCGACCAUGCCAUCCUGACCCGUGAUAUUCACCAAGAAUUCGGCCCGCUGCUUGCGCGUAGAGCAGGACCCAAGCCGACAAGGCGGAGCCUGUAUACCAUCCGCGACACGAUGACGAGCCGCAGCAAGCUCAACAGAGCAGCGACACCGCGCAUGACCCACUCCCGCAGCAGCAGCUUUGUGCGGAGCGAUGGGGAAUCUGUGCACGAGCUUGUCGACAAGCCCAGAAAACUGGAUGACGAGGAGAUGCCGCCUUUGCCGGAGAAGCCGUUGGACAGUAGCGAGAAUUUCUGGGGCGGCAUCUUGGUGAACAGUGAGACGGUCAUUAAGAGUGACAGCAAAAGCGACUACAGCAGCCAAGACGGCCGACAGCUGGGACUUGGUAUGAAGGUGGCCGUCGGGACGGCGAAGCAAGAAGACACCUUUGUGGAUACCCUGAUGGAAGUGACAAGGACUCGCUUUAUGCCGCCGAGACUUGGAGCGUAG